GCUAACACGCACGGGAAUUUAAAUCCAGAAAAAUGGCAGAAAAGAGCGUACCAAAUAUCAAAACAUUUGGCAAGAUUGUGCCAGGAUCAGUGGAAAGCACUGCCAUGGGACGUGGGACCACGCCGUCUCCAUCAAUUUUGGGGCGCAGCCACAAUGCCUCUGUUGGAGAUUCGAACUGCGCUUCAGCGCACUGCCUUGUCGUACCCGUGCGGCAGAAACCGCUGGGCGCGUACAUGCACCUACAGAGUGCGAGCCCAAGGGCAGUGGGUGCCGCGGUCACGCCAGGCAUCAGCUACGCGGCGGCCGUCGAGAAUGUCGUUGCGGCCCAACAAAUGGCAAACGUCAAAAUGGCCAUACCGCCACGUGUCGGGAAGCAGCAAAAGCCGUGCAAAGCCAACAGGCGGGCGACAAUCGACUCAAACUUUACGAUAUUCGACGAGGAGCCCAAGCCACAUCUUGUUAUGCUAUAUAAGAAGGAGACGCCACCCGUGGCUAAAAAGAAACCAAUUGCUGAGAGAAAAACUGUCCAAGAGGUGCAGCAGAAAAAAACAGAUCGCGAAAGUAGUCCCGAAGCAGCUGAAAAAACCCGAACAGUUUUUUCAGAAAAAACAACCAAAGAAUGCACCGCAGGGUGAGCCUCAGAAUG